ACAGCACAGCACAGCACACAAACGCCGAAACCCCACAUGCCCAUUUUAAAACAUUUCCUGCCGAAACCCGCUCUUUUAAGUAGCGUGUGUUGCAUUGAGAGUUGAGAGACUCGAACGCACGGCUAAAACAGCCAGCGAAUUCCACCUUCCGUCCUCGCUGUUCUCUGAAAUCACAGAUCCUAUAUUUUUAGCUCUUCCUCACCACUCUCUUUCUCUCUUCGUCCGAUCCUCUGUAGGCCUUUUCGGAUCUUCGAAUUAGAGCUUGGAUUGGAGAGAGAUGGGUAGCCCUAAGAAGAACCAGAGUAAGGGCCUCUUCGCCGCCAUGACUUCUGGCUUGUCCAUGUUCGGCAACGCCAUGCACCGAUCCGUCAACGGGUUGCUUGGUUAUGAAGGGGUGGAAGUGAUAAAUCCAGACGGAGGCAAAGAAGAUGCAGUGGAAGAAGCUCAGAGAGGAAGAUGGAAACAGGAGGAAAGAGACGGUUACUGGAAAAUGAUGCACAAAUAUAUAGGCUCGGACGUCACAUCAAUGGUCACACUUCCUGUUCUUAUCUUUGAGCCAAUGACUAUGCUUCAGAAAAUGGCAGAGUUAAUGGAGUACUCCUACUUGUUGGAUUGGGCAGACAAAUGCGAGGAUCCUUAUAUGCGGUUGGUCUAUGCCACAUCAUGGGCUAUAUCUGUCUACUAUGCCUAUCAACGAACCUGGAAGCCUUUUAAUCCUAUUCUUGGGGAGACUUAUGAAAUGAGCAAUCAUGGAGGGAUUACAUUUAUAGCAGAGCAGGUGAGUCAUCAUCCCCCAAUGAGUGCUGGGCAUGCUGAAAACGAGCAUUUUACUUAUGAUGUGACGUCAAAGUUGAAAACUAAAUUUUUAGGAAAUUCUGUCGAUGUUUACCCUGUUGGAAGAACACGUGUGUCUCUUAAAAGAGAUGGUGUGGUCUUAGAUUUGGUGCCACCUCCUACAAAGGUUAAUAACCUGAUUUUUGGCCGUACUUGGGUAGAUUCACCAGGGGAGAUGAUUAUGACAAAUUUGACUACAGGAGACAAAGCCGUUCUAUACUUUCAGCCAUGUGGCUGGUUUGGAGCUGGUCGCUAUGAAGUGGAUGGAUACGUGUAUAAUGCUGCUGAGGAACCUAAAAUAUUGAUGACUGGGAAAUGGAAUGAGUCAAUAAGUUAUCAACCGUGUGACAUGGAAGGGGAGCCUCUUCCAGGCACAGAACUGAAAGAGGUUUGGCAUCUCGCUGAUGUUCCAGAGAAAGACAAAUUUCAAUGCACAUAUUUUGCACAUAAAAUAAACAGCUUUGACACUGCUCCUAGGAAGUUAUUGGCAUCAGAUUCUCGCUUGCGCCCUGAUAGAUAUGCACUUGAGAGGGGCGACCUAUCCAAAGCUGGUGCAGAAAAGAGCAGUUUGGAGGAGAGGCAGCGAGCUGAAAAGAGAAACCGAGAGGCAAAGGGACAUAACUUUGCACCAAGAUGGUUUGAUUUAACUGGUGAAGUUACACCUACACCUUGGGACGAUUUGGAAGUCUAUCAAUACAAUGGUAAAUACACAGUACACCGGGCUGCUUUAGAUAGCUCAAAUAGCGUCGAUGAGGUUGAUGUUAGAUCAAUUGAAUUCCACCCAUGGCACUAUGGUAACUUGUCUGCCGAAUGAGGUAUUCUCAUUCUAUGUUUGCUUGUUGAGUUCUGCAGUUAAUUGAUGGAGCGUUUUUUUUGGUGUGAUAUUGGAAUCUCUGUUGUUUGUUGACAUGUUUAUGUUGUGUCACCAUCUCAUAAUCCUUACCAAUUGAUAAGUUCAGUUUCUGUCCACCUUUCCAAGGAACCCUUCUUUUCCCAGUGCAUGAAUUGUUACCAUACUAUGGGCUCAUUUGUCUGAACAGGUGGAUUAUGUCCGAGAUUUGUUUGGAUAGGUGGACUCUAGAAAUACUUUUUCACACUUAUUGUCCGAAUUACUAAUAAUCCGAAUUUUGCUCUAUUCAAUAAUGUUAUUCAUCGAGCAGGAAGAUUCAACAAGGGUAUAGUCGAUGAAGGUGGGAUCCUCUAUCCCAAUAGCACUAGACAAAGCGACUUUAUGAGCUGAAGAUAGUUGGCACCUUUGCUUGUAUAAAAUUCUGUCAUUCAAAAACUUGAGCAUAAUUGUUGGGUUACAGUUAAAGCUCAAACGGUUAAAAAAAUAAAAAUUCCUUGUGCUGCUGUUACGAUGGGUAGCUAAGUUUACUGAUGCAACUUUGACUU